AUGAAUUCCAACCCUUCGUUGCUGGAAUCUCUUCCAAAAGUCAUGUCAAACGUUCAUGACUUCUUUGUGUAUGUAGCAUCAAAGGCGGAGAGUAUUCAUCAGUAUAUGGAGUCAAUGAAAACCGCAUAUCUUUCUGAUCAACGUGGAAGAGGAGACACAAACGAUCCGUUUCUCGAAGCUGACCGGAGGGAAACCGCGAAACGGGCAGCUGCUGCCCGAAGGGUACAUCCGACAUUACAUCUCCCUUCUAACUCACAGCCAUCUGGCACGUUACUUGCCAGCUCAGCAACAACUGCUACUGCCACAUCAUCUGCUGCUGCUGUUACGCCACCUGUAGGGGCUGCUGCCAAUGUGGCGUCUGGUCAGGGCUGUUUAGUACUCCGUUUGGUGCCACGUCAUCGUCUUCUUUGUUUUCAACUCCUGCUCCUUCUGCCCCGUCAUCAAAUUUGUUUGGAUCGAGUGGUGGGACCCCUCAAACAUCGAUUUUUGGGGCGUUUUCGACUUCGACACCUGCGGUGGGGCCCACAGCGACAGGUGGCGGAUCCCUGUUUUCUACCACCGUUUGCUUCAAAUCCUGCAAGUGGAGCCUCAACAUUUUCUACACCAUUUGGUACAGGGGCAGCAACAGGAUCAGGGGCAAGCUUUAAUACUCAAUCAAAAGCAAGAGGUAAAAGUCGCACAGGAAGGAGGUAGAAUAUUUGGGUGUCAUUUUUUUCCCCCUUGUUUUUGUGUGUGUGUGUGUGUGUUUUAGAGUAUUUUAACUAAUUAUUGUAAUUUGUACCCCAAAAAAUGUGAAAAUUGAAGAACAAUGAGGUCCAUUGUUUAAAUAGUAAACAUAUAUUUUCCUAAUUGCUUGAAGUG